GAUCACUGUUUGUUUUGUAGUCUUGCAUACAGAAGCCUAAAAUUUAUGUGAUAAAUUGUCAGGAUUGUUUAACGUUUUCAAACAAUGCCAAUGUUGUGCUUAUACUUAUCAGUAUAAUAAAAUUAAGUGGGGCAUUUAUUCCAGAGAAAUUUCAAAUCAGUUCGCUUUCCAGUUCUACAUAAACUAGCGUGAUUCACCAUGAGCAAGUCCGGCAAAAAGGAUGAAGUCGAUGGAGAGUAUGAAGUCGAAAAAAUUGUAGAUGUUCGACCGAUUUCCGGUGGUGAUAAAGAAUAUCUUAUAAAAUGGAUUGGAUACAGUGAUGCAGACAAUACCUGGGAACCAGCUAAAAAUAUUCAGCCAGAACUUGUUCAAGCCUUCGAGGCUGAAAGGUCAAAAAAGAAAAGAAGUCAAUCGAGCAACGAUGGUCCUAAGUCUCAAAAGCGAAAAACUGAUGACAAAAAAUCACAUGGAUUCGAGAGAGGGCUGGAACCAGAAAAAAUCAUUGGGGCUACAGAUAGCUCAGGCCAGCUUAUGUUUUUGAUGAAGUGGGCUGGAGUCGAUGAGGCGGAUCUAGUUCCAUCUGAAUUAGCCAAUGUGAGAUGUCCACAAGUGGUCAUAAAGUUUUACGAAGAGAGGCUCACUUGGCAUUCCAACACAUCAGAUGAGGCUAAACCUAAAUCAAUGAGCAAAAGUAGACCAAGCAGUCCGGCUCCGGUGGAGGCGGAGGAAAAAGAAGGCGAGGAAUUCAUUGUGGAAAAAAUUCUCGAUAGUAGGAUCAAUUCUAAAGGGGUUAAGGAAUAUUUUCUCAAAUGGAUAGGGUAUGAUGAUAAGGACAAUACUUGGGAGCCAGAGGAAAACCUGGAUUGUCCUGAAUUAAUCCAAGCAUUCGAGGCUAGUCGUGGCCAGAAAAAUAAGGAGAGGGAGAAGAAACGAAAAAGUUCUAGCACGCCAACUCCUACAGAUGCUAAGGUGCCAAAAAAGAAAACCGAUGAGAAGAAGCAUGGUUUUGAAAGAGGUUUGCAACCUGAAAAAAUUAUUGGUGCUACAGACAGUUCAGGUCAACUCAUGUUUCUAAUGAAAUGGGUUGGUACAGAUGAAGCAGAUUUAGUUCCAGCCAAACAAGCUAACGUUAAAUGUCCCCAAGUAGUUAUAAAAUUUUAUGAAGAACGUUUGACAUGGCACUCUGGACCAACUGAUGAGACUAAGGCAGAUUAAUCGGUAGUAUUUAAGUGCAAAUUAGAUUUUAAGAGAAAAAUAAGUAAGUUGAUUUCUAUAAUACAAACUUUAAGGAGGAGAUGUUAUGAUCUUUUGAAAAUCGAGGUCUGUGAAAGUGUAUAAAUUUUUUAUGAAGAAUAUCAGGGUAGAGGUUUCAAUAACUUGAAAUGAUUUUUGUUUUGUUAGGUUUUCAAGGUGAAUAGACAUCUCUGAUCCAGUUAUUGAUCGUUUGAUUCCUUUAUAUUGUUAUUUUAAAAACUUUUGUUGAUUUUGUAGUUUUUACAAUUAUUUUUGUGACUGGAACUAUCAGAACCUGACAUCCUAUAGCUGAAAUUUUAUGUGAAUUCAUGAAAUUCUCAUUUUUAAUACAAAUUAGAAUUGACUUUUUUCUUUUGCGCACGAUACUUUUUCGAUGAGUUGAAUUUGAACUGUCUGGACUAGUUUUAAAGGAAUGAAGACUCCUUUUUAGAUUGACAUAUCCUGGUAUAUUAUUUGCAAAAGAAAUUUUUUUUUAUGUAUCAACUUUAUAUGAAAUUGAAUUUACUCCGUAUUAUUUUCUUGAAGAACUCAAUUUACUGUUGGUUUAUCGGUAAGUAUUUCAAAGAUCAGUUAAUUUCGAAAAAUCAAAAAUGUCACUUAUUCUGUCACCUACGAAAAUUCGUCUUUUAAAUGAUUCACGAGUAAUUUUUCCCAUUCGAUUAAGAAAGUAGCGAGAAUGCAAUCUUGUUCUUGAAUUUAAUCAUCCUAUUAACUGAAAACAAUGUGAAUUCAAGUGGAUAAAUACGAUACCGAUAAAUUAUCAAUCAAAACCCUUUUCAACAAUGAGAGUUGAUUGCUUAUUAUAUUAUUCCAAGCUGAUUCAUCGUUCAUUUCUUGUGUUUAUCGAAUAGAAACUUUAUCAAGUCCAUUGUUAACAUGUAGUCAUAACAAGGGGCAUACCUUGAAAUGCUAAACACAGUUCGUUGUUGAGAUUGUCGAAUUGCAAAUGACUAGGUGACAUAAUUCAAGUGCUUCUUUGUAUUUAUAAAACGUAUUUUGUAUAUAUAAUAACUUAAUAAAUGUUUUUUUCAUAA